AUGGAACUUAUCGGACUUCACGAGGAACAAAGCUUGGCGUUGAACCAUCUCAGAAAGGAAUCCCUUGACAUCUAUAAUCGUCUACACUCGACCGCGGAGGACAUCGAGUUUGUGAGGACAGUACGAUUGACAUAUCAGCACCUGCCGAUCCUGCCCAAUCAACGCUGUGGGCUCUGGUAUGUCGACCCGCAGAUGGCCAGGCAAGAACCCGCAUACUUCAAAUCCACUGACGGACACUUCGGAAACUGGAGCUUCAAUUUGAGAAGGCCGAAUCUACAUCUCCUUUCCAUGAUCGUGUCACAAGGAGGAAUGAUACUGGUUGAUUCUACGAGAUCCGGCAAGCGCAUCCCGGACGCACUGUCGAAGACCGUUCCGAUUUGGUGUGCGGUCAUCAAUCGUGCCGUCCAGAGGAAAUAUCCAGACAAACACAAGGCCGACUGGGAUCUGGAACUAUAUUGUCCUUCAGGGACCGUCAGUGCGCAAGAAAAGUCACAGAUAGAGGCCCGAUUGGAUGGAUGGGUGGACUCACUAGUGGGCUCUUCGUAUAUCCUGUCAGAUUUGUUCCGUCCGCUGCAUCCGUUCUGGAUUACUCCGUCGACAUCGGUCUUCCCGAGUCUGGAUCCCGGUCCAACCCAGCGAUUCUAUCCCAUCGUAUGCGUGUCUGCAUCGAAGCAGAUACAAGAGGGCAUGGAGCGACGGACCAAUGGCUUCGUCUACGUGCAAGGUUCAGGCGACGAUCACGAACUAUGGGGAAUGGGGCUUACACCGAAGCUGUUCUGGACGUAUCAAGACGAACUACUGCGAGCGAGCCGUUCAGAGCUCCCCGAACUGAUCAAAUCAUUGCUGGGGCCAUGUAUUAUGGCGACGCAACCACUGCAUCGGGAGUGGGGCAUGAAACCUACUCCCAUCAUUCAAGUUGGCGGUCGUAUCCUGAUCUGUUCAACCUCUGCCAUACCCACUGACUUCUCUGGGACCAUACCUGGUAUCGCUAGCCGAACAUCCUUCCUCAUUGUCAGCGCAUCAUCGGCAUUGAUAGGCGGCGGCUUUGAGGCGGACAACGUCUUGCGGCUGCAGAUGGCCGAUGGCAGGAAGGACCAGAUUCUCUACCUUCAAUCCAUCCUCCCUCGAUCCAUGGCAUUCAUCGAGAGCCGCCUAUCGAGAGGAGAGUCCGUCUGCGUCUGCUGCGACAGCGGUAAAGAUGCGAGUGUGGGCGUCGCUCUGGCGGCGCUACAGCUAUUCUUCGACGACAAAGGCGCGUCUGCGACCACACACGAGGAACAGGAUACAUUAAGACACACGGCGACGAAGCAGUCCAUCAGUACAAGGCUACAGUGGAUCAUAUCGAGCAGGCCCGAGGCCAACCCAUCUCGAGCUACACUCAAACGCGUAAAUGAAUACAUCCUUACCUCGCCGUCUUUCCGGCGCCAACGAGGUGUGGAAUGA